CAGUCCCCCACCCCCGGUCUGAUCCUCCCAGCUUCCUCCAUGCUUCUUGAAGAGCUGUCUGCUUCACCUCCAAUUGUUUCUGUUUUGCCCAACACCGGCUAUGGCCUCUUCAGUCCCAUUCACUGUUGAAGACGUCCACCAGGGCUGGCCCAACGAGCCCAUCCUAUAUCGCAUCCGCGUCCCAGCCCGCGGGGCCGGGGACUCCCAUCCAGGCCAGGUAAUCAGAUACCUGACCGCCCCCAAUCCUCCCAAGGGCGCCAGCGGCGUGCCCGACCACCGCGGCAAGCUCCUGGCGUUCGACGCCGUCCCCGCCGGAGACUGGAACCUCGGGCGUCUUGUCAGCCCCGACGACAGCGCCGAGGGCAAGUUCGUUCUCGCCUCGACGGAGACGGCGCAGCUGGAGGAGGCCGUGGGGCUGCUGGACGGCGGUCCCUCCUGGUGCGACAGGAAAGUCGACCUCGUGGACCUGUUGGAUCCGCUGGACGCUCGCCGCAAGAGCGGCCAGGCCGACGACAACCAGGAUGAUAUUCCGUGCAUGGCCACCGACAUCCAGUGCAUGAACCACAUCUCCGCCGCAGUCCUCCCCACCCCCGCCGGCAUGGCCACCGCCACGCUAGGGCCCGAGGUGAUCGGCGUCUGGGCAUGGCCGCCGGGCCACGCGCACGGCAUCGCGGACGAGAGCCACGUCUACUCCAUCAUCCAGGCUCGCGACCCAGGCAUGGCACCCCGGUUCCUCGCCCACGUCACCGAUAACGGCACGCGCGUGAUCGGCUUCCUGCUCGAGCGCAUCGCGGACGCUCGCGAGGCGGGACCCGCAGACCUGGAGAAGUGUAAAGACACGCUGAGCCGCCUGCACGCGCUGGGCAUCGCCUACGGCGGGCCACUGAAGAGGCACUCGUUUCUAGUCUGCGACGGCGGCGCGGUUCUCCUCCAGGGGUUCGGCGGAUCGUUCGAGACAACUGAUAAGGAGGUCCUGGGCCGUGAGCUCGAGGGUCUCGAGCAGGUUCUGGCUCAGCAACCCUCGGAGCUGGAGAAGUUCAACGCACCGGUCGACAUAAAGCUCAGCGACAGAUUGGUCGAGUUUCGGAGCCAUGGGCUCACGCAUCCAUUCGUGCACUGGCAGCUCGCAAACAGCAAGCGCGUCACAUUGACGGCCGAGCAACACAGGGAGAUGGUUGCUGAGCUCGCGGCAAACAACUACCGCUGGACCGAGGAGGACAUGGAGAGGGCGAAGCAGCGCUUCGGAGGGUCGGCGGACGUGGCCGUUGUCGGUGCUGCUGGUGAGCCAACUGGCUGAAGUUGGAGCACGUCUGCAUUGUGUUCUAGCAAAUGGAGGCACGGCAAGUUUAAUGAUUUACAGGAUAUCGGGUAUGAAUGUACUGACGGCCUUUAAGUGGAGACCUGCUCCUACUGUGUCUGCUGUUUAUCAGUUCCUCGCCAGCAAGCAUGGAUUCGUAGCAAAGUACGUGCUCGUCUAGAAGUAAUUGGAGCUUCUGGUACCAAUGGUACAAUUGCCUCUCCU